AAUUAUAAAGAAUUUAUUACUGAAAAAAAUAAAAAGAAGAUAAAUUAAAUGUAAAAGCAAUUUUUAAUUAUUGCACUCUUGUUGAUUGCUUCUGUCUCCUCAAAGCCUGAUCUCCUCUAAGGAAACAUCUUACGUUGCCUUGGAACAAUUGGCAAUUCUGUCAAGGAUAUCACUUCAUUGAUUGCUGUUAUUGCCGAAAAGGGUGACUUAGUAUCAAUCCUUAAAGCUAUUGGAAAUGUUUUUGGUCAAAUUUAGCCAUUAAUGCAAGAAUGCUCUAAUCCUAUUUGCUUGACUGAAGCCCAAUAAAGAUGUUAAGCUUAAACUGGUAAACCUUGUGAACAAUAUGGUGCCAUUAUGUAUCCUAAAUGUGGUGAUGGAUUCCACAAUGUAGGAUGUUGCUUAUGUGAAUCUUAAUGUCCUCCUGGAUUUAGAGAUGAUGGUUUAUUCUGUGCUAAACCUUCUGCUUAUGGAAGAGGUGCUGGAUAUCCUUGGAAAUUCGGUGAUGGCUUUAACCUUAAUGGUGCUACCUAAAGAUGCCAACAUGAUAACUCUUAAGGUUGUGAAUCCUAUGGUUUGAUUAUUUAUCCUAAGUGUAGUUAAGGUUACCACAAUUUUGGAUGCUGCAUCUGCUCACCAGAUUGCCCUGCUGGAACUACUGAUAUUGGUGUUUCUUGCACUAAGCCUGUAUAUGGUAGAGGUGUUGGUUAUCCCAUGUUCUACGAAGACUGCCCAAAUAAAAAAUUGUUAAGAGCAUCUUCUGAAGAUUAUUUAUCUUACUCUGUUGAAGAUUUAAAAUAAAAAAUGGUCGAACAUUCUCAAAACUUUGUUAGCAAUCAAGAAGACUAAGACAAAUCAGUUGAAUCAGCUAUUGAAUUAUCAAAGGUCAUGGCUGCAUUCGAAGUUAAAACUUCUAAAUUAAAUUAAUGA